CCCCUUUCCCUCCCCAUCUCUCGCCUCUCCUCGGCCUCUUGAAAUAAAAUGAUGCAAAGCUCAGCACUCGCCACCGAAGGGUCUGUCAAGGGGCUUCCAGAAAUCCUUGGCGUGCCAAUGCAACAGAUCCCCCAAUGCGCCGGCUGCAACCAGCACAUCUUGGAUAAGUUCAUCCUGAAAGUCCUCGACCGCCACUGGCACAGCUCCUGCCUCAAGUGUGCCGACUGCCAAAUGCAGCUGGCCGACCGCUGCUUCUCCAGAGCCGGAAGCGUCUAUUGCAAGGAAGACUUCUUCAAGCGGUUUGGUACAAAAUGUACAGCUUGCCAGCAAGGGAUCCCGCCUACGCAGGUCGUCAGGAAAGCCCAGGACUUUGUCUAUCAUCUACACUGCUUCGCUUGCAUCAUUUGCAACCGCCAGCUGGCCACAGGUGACGAGUUCUACCUCAUGGAAGACGGGCGCCUGGUCUGCAAAGAGGAUUAUGAAACAGCCAAGCAGAAUGAUGAUUCAGAAGCAGGAGCGAAGAGGCCCCGAACCACCAUUACAGCCAAGCAGUUGGAAACAUUGAAAAAUGCCUACAAAAACUCCCCCAAACCAGCCAGGCAUGUGCGGGAGCAGCUGUCCUCUGAGACUGGACUGGACAUGCGGGUCGUGCAGGUCUGGUUUCAAAACAGAAGGGCCAAAGAGAAACGUCUGAAGAAAGACGCUGGGCGGCACCGCUGGGGGCAGUUCUACAAGAGCGUAAAGAGAAACCGAGGAAGCAGCAAGCAUGAAAAAGAGAGUUCGGCAGAGGACUGUGGGGUUAGUGAUAGUGAGCUGAGCUUCCGAGAAGACCAAAUACUGUCAGAGCUCGGCCACAACAAUAGAAUUUACAGCAACGCAAGUGAGGUGGCUGGCGGACCACUCAUGAAUGGCACCUUCGCCAUAGAUGGGUCAGGACAAUCCUAUCAGGACUUGAGAGAUGGAAGCCCCUACGGAAUCCCGCAGUCCCCGGCCUCCAUAUCGUCCCUCCCGUCACACACUCCUUUGCUGAAUGGUCUGGAUUACACAAUGGACAAUAAUAUAGGAAUCGUAGCACAUGGAGGGCAGGGAGUGAGCCAGACACUCAGAGCUAUGGCUGGGGGCCCAACCUCUGAUAUUUCUACUGGAAGCAGCGUGGGCUAUCCGGACUUUCCAACAAGCCCGGCUUCUUGGCUUGACGAAAUGGAUCAUCCUCCUUUUUAAGUACCAGUUGCCCUUCAUUUUUUUUUUUUGUUUGCCAUAUUCUCACUUGUUCUUUUGGCCUGAAAGCAUACUCAACCUAAAAAGAGAGAGAGGGAGAGAGACAGCAAGCAGACUUCAAGGAUCACAGGUGUGCCGUCGCACUAAAGUUCCUAUUAUUUUAGAAUGGGAACCCAUUCUCUUUUUCCUGUAGAGCUUCAAAGAUGUUAUAUUAUAAAUAUACAUAUAUAUAUAUAUAUAUAUAUAUUUGCUUUCUGUUGGAAAGACUGGGACAUUAGGAGGAGCCGCUUCUGAACACAGCACAUUGGCAUGGACAGUAUGUUUGUAUAAUUUUAGAGGUUCAGGCUGUAGCGAAACACAGAUCCACUGAUUUCUU